AUGCAAGGAAAUAACGACCGUCACCGACACAAGGAAUCAAGGAGAGCAUGGACAAAUGGGCAACUUCUGUUUUACAAAUGCACUUUAUAUUUAUUCCUCGUCUUCAGUCUGGAACUGAGGAGCGGCGGAGCGGCUCCACUGGACUCUGAUGAGUUUGCUUUCUUCCAUGAGGGCGCCCAGGGGUGCCUGGGUGUGCGGGAUCACUCCCUCGUCCUGUCAGCCUCGUGUGAGCAACCCAACCAGCGCUGGAAGUGGGUGACCCGGGCUCGCCUGUUCAACCUGGGCUCCUCACUGUGCCUGGGCCUGACCACUGGCAACGUCAGCUCCCGAGGGGACAGGUCUCCUCUGGGCGUGUACACCUGUGACCGCGAGCCCCCCAGAGUACGGUGGACCUGGAACUGCGCCCAGGUGUUGGACAACCUCAACACCUACCUUCCCUCACCCUCAUUCUGGAACUCCACCUCGUCCUCGUCUUCGAUUCCUUCAGGGUUCAAAUGGACACUGCGUAGUGAUUCGCAGGACGUGUGCUCAAAAACAUAUCGUGAGAUCUACACAAUCCAGGGGAACUCUCACGGCCGCCCCUGCUAUCUGCCCUUCCUGUACGAUGGCCAGUGGUUCCACAGCUGCACAAGUAUCGGGCGUGAGGACGGUCACCUGUGGUGUUCCACCACCUACGACUAUGGCAAAGACGAGCGCUGGGGCUUCUGUCCUGUAAAGAGCAGUGGCUGUGAGACAUUCUGGGAUACCGACCCACUGACAGACAGCUGUUACCAGUUUAACUUCCAGGCCACGCUGUCAUGGAGCGAGGCUCGGAUCAGUUGCCAGCAGCAGGGGGCAGACCUGCUAAGCAUCACCAAGCUGCAUGAGCAGACCUACAUCAAUGGUUUACUGACAGGUUACAGUGCUGCUUUGUGGAUCGGCCUCAAUGACCUGGACAUCCAUGGGGGCUGGCAGUGGGCCGACUCGUCACCACUCAAAUAUCUCAACUGGGAGACAGACCAGCCAAACCACGCUGAGGAGGAGAACUGCGCUGUUAUCCGAACUGAGUCAUCAGGUCGUUGGCAGAACCGUGAUUGUUCUGUCGCUCUGCCAUAUGUCUGCAAGAAAAGGCCUAAUGCCACGCUGGACCCCUUCACCACUGACUCGUGGGCAGAUGAUGCGAAAUAUGAGUGUGAUGUGGGCUGGCAGGCCUUUCAGGCUGGCUGCUACAAGCUGACUUCAGAGAAGCUUGACUGGGACACAUCACAGAAAACCUGUCAGAAGAUGGAGGCUAAUCUGGUCAGCGUCCACACCCUGCCUGAGUUAGAGUUCAUCUUGCGCAACUUGAAGAAAGACAUUGACCAGCUGUGGAUCGGCCUCCACGACACUGAUAUGCAAAUGGACUUCCAAUGGACCGACCACACGCCCGUCAUCUUCACCUACUGGCACCCGUUUGAACCCAACAACUUCCGCAACACUCAAGAGGAUUGCGUCUCCAUCUGGGGAGCUGAGGGCCGCUGGGAUGACAGCCCUUGUAAUCUGACUCUGCCCUCCAUCUGUAAGAAACUGGGAACAAAGACUGAUGGGAAGCCACAGCACCAAGACUGCAAACAAGGCUGGAAGUGGCACAGUCCAGCUUGUUACUGGGUGGGAGAGGAUCUGCUUACUUUUGACGAGGCAAGGAAGUCUUGUGAGAACAAUGGAGCCGCCCUUGUUACCAUUACCAAUAGGUUCGAGCAGGCCUUCGCCAACAGCCUGGUGUUCGGUCGCUCUGGUGAUUCCUUCUGGAUCGGCCUCCAUGACCAGGGCAGCCCCGGCUCCUUCCACUGGCUCAGCGGGGAUGAAGUGUCCUUCACCAACUGGAAUCGGGACCAGCCAGUCAGCGUCCGUGGCGGCUGCGUCUCCAUGGCAACGGGCUUCGCAACAGGUCUGUGGGAGGUGAGGGAGUGUGCGUCAUCCAAGGCGAAAUUCAUCUGCCGCCAGAACCAGGACACGUCUCUGAGCCCUGAGCCUCCGGUCCCUCAGCCCACCCCGAGCCUCAGCGGCUCCUGUCCCAGAGGCUGGAAGAGCAACAGCAACCUGCGCUACUGUUACAAGGUGUUUCACUCCUCCCAGCUGGAGCAGAAGCUGAGCUGGCUGCAGGCUCACCUGUACUGCCACAGACACGGAGCCAACCUGCUGAGCAUCGGCAGCCCUGAAGAGGAGCAGUUCGUUCUGCAGGUCCUCCACGAGGCCUUUGGGGAGUCAGAGGACCAUGAGCAGCACUGGUUUUGGAUUGGACUGAACCGCAGAAACCCAAUGGACAACGGCAGCUGGAAAUGGAGUGAUGGGCUCGCUUUUACCUACCAGAACUUCGGCCGAUACUACUACAACAUCCGACAAUGUGCUGCUGCAGACUUGGGCACUAUGACCUGGCUGGCCAUGCACUGUGACUCUGAGUUAGACUGGAUCUGCAAGAUCCCCAGAGGUAGUGUUGAGAAGGAACCAGAAGUCUCUGAAGGCACUAGUUCUCCUGAGUGGAUUGGCUUCCAGGAGGCUGAGUAUAAAUUUUUCGACCACCGGACCACUUGGGACCAAGCCCAGAGGAUUUGCUCCUGGUUUGACUCCUCGCUGGCCUCCGUCCACUCAGCUGAGGAAGAAGCUUUUCUUGCCAACACUUUAGCCAAGAUGUCGAAAGUGGAGGGAGACAACUGGUGGCUGGGGCUCCACACCUACGAAUACGACGGCCGCUUCCGCUGGUCCGACCACUCUGUGCUCAAUUAUGUUUCCUGGGCCCUUGGCAGGCCACACCCACUGAGCCGUGAUCGCAGAUGCGUCUACAUGUCUGCCACCAAAGCGGACUGGGCCGAUCAGAAGUGCCACUCUGACCUGCCCUACAUCUGUAAGAGGGUGAAUGUCACAGGCACCGUUCCUCCAACUCCGUCAACUCCCCACCCACCUGCUGGCUGUCCUGACGGAUGGUCCUCGUACCAGCAUAAGUGUUUCAGAGUAUUUGAUCAGUCUCCACGAGUCACAUGGUCUGCAGCCAAGUUGAAGUGCGAAACGCAGAGAGGCGUACUGGCCGUGGUGACCAAUCAUUUGGAGCAAGCCUUUGUCACCACCCUGCUCAACAAUGCCAGUGUUGACCUUUGGGUGGGUCUAACGUCAGACUCUAAAGGUCAUUUCCAGUGGCCCAAGGCCGGCCUGCUCAGCUACACCAACUGGGGUCCUGGAGAGCCCCUCGACAACAGCGGACCGCACCACAACAGGACGCCGGGAAAUUGUGUGGCGAUGAUUCAUGGGAACCCACUGAAGAACAGCGGCAUGUGGGCUUCCCGAGCCUGUGAGAUGGAAAGUAACGGCUUCAUCUGUCAAAGGCCACAAGAUUCAGGUAUUCCUCCGGCCCCGGCUCUUAUUCCUGUCUCCCUGUCAAAGCCUGUGGAGCUCGGUGGGGUGACUUACCGGGUCGUGGAGAAGCGUCUGGACUGGACCGGCGCUCUGCACAUCUGUGAAUCUUUGAAUGGGACCCUGGCCACAGUGAAGGAUCCCUACCAGCAGGGUUACCUCACGCUGCUAAUCAACAGCCUGCGCCGGCCGGCCUGGAUCGGUCUCUACGGCUAUGGGGGACGGAGCUACACCUGGCUGGGUGAAGAAGAAGCUUUGUAUUCAAACUGGAAAGACGGGGAGCCCAAUCAGAUUGGUGGAUGUGGUCACAUGUCCACUACUGGGCAAUGGAUUACGACACCUUGUGACGCUAAACUGGAGGCUGCUAUAUGUCAAAUAAGCGAUGAGCCUGUGAGCCACCAGUGGGUCUAUCCCGGCCAGUGCCCCCACUCCCUGGGAGCGUGGGCGUGGGUGCCCUUCAGAAACCACUGUUACGCCUUCAACUUGCAAAGUCUUAAACUGCAGCAGGAUGCGCGCAUGUCCUGCAAAAAAGUGGGAGCAGAACUUCUGUCUAUCCUGGACGAGACAGAGAAUGGAUUCAUAUCGGAACACAUCCAGAGCUAUGCAGAACAGGCACAUGGCGCUUGGCUGGGCAUCAGCGUGAAAGGUGGAGCUCUCAUGUGGAGCGAGGACACGGAGAUGUCCUACACCAACUGGGAGGCGCACAACGUCGCCUUCUCUGUUCUCUCUCCAAACUCCUGCUUCUGGAUCCAGAGCAACAGCGGCCUGUGGAAGCCGGGCUCCUGCAGAAACCGCACGCACGGAGUCAUCUGCAAGACGCCUCGCAGUGCUGAAACCUCACCUUUGACAUCGGAUGGUGACCAUCUGCCCACUCUGAUUGUUGUCAUGGUGACGGGCCUGGUGCUGGUGGCGCUGAUUGUGGGCGUGAUCUACUUGUACCGUAGGCGAGUUGUCGGGUCACGGGGGUCCUACGAGGGCGCCCGCUACAGCCGCACCAACUCCAGCCUGGCGGAGCAGACGGAGAAGAACAUCCUGGUGUCCGACAUGGAGCUGAACGAGCAGCCAGAGUAGCAGAGCCGCACCAACCAGGACUGGACCCAACCUGAAACUGGACAGGCUGAUUUCAAUGUGGCAUUUAUGCUUUUUUUUUGUUUUUGUCGCCUCUUUUGAAACCAAAAAAAAGAUUUUUAAAGUGCUGAAGGGCUGUGUAGAGCGCAGCAGAUGUUGAAAUUUUUUUUUUUUUUAAAUUGAACCCCCGCGUCAUCAAUCCUCUUUUGCCAAGACUUAACAGUUCGAGCAAUUCCUCUCCAGACAAAGAGAAAAUCAGACCCCUCCAUGUGCACAGCAUUCAUGAAGGCCAUAAAUGAUCCUACUGGGAGUUAAGUUUGAUCGCAGCUGGAAAAUCGGUUUUCAUAAAAUGACUCCUCGCUGUCCUCCUUGGUGCCAAAGUCAGUUUUUGCUCGGUGUAUAUUUCCUUUCUUUGUUCCCAUUUCGAUUGAAAACAAAGUGAAAAAAAAAAUUACAGCCACAGAUCAACUCUGAAACCGUUUGUCUCGCAGCCGCAGUUUUCUUCAGGACCAAAUUUCAUUUUUUCAUUUUGAGUUUUUUUUUUUCUUUUCUGCCAUGACAGUAUUUACCUGAACUUGAUGUUUGUUUGUUUUUUCGUUGUUUCAUUGCGUUCGUGUCCUUUCAGUUGAUUUGUCAUUAUCCGUGCAGCUGUAGAGAACUGUCACUGAUGAUGCGUGUGUGGUUUUUUCGCGAGCCUGCCUCUCUCCUCCUCUCUGAUCUGACACGUCGGCACCAGCUGUCAGAUGAGCCGAGGAGGGAGAAGUCCAAAUGUGAAUGUGUGGAAGGUGACAGGGACCAUUUUUUUUGUUGGUGACCUCAAACCGCCUGAGGACAUCACACUCGAUUUGUGCACAUUACUAAAGUUCUGUGGGGAACUUAGAUAGACUACAUUGUCUUUUUGUUACUGCGGGACUAAAGGUUGUCAUCGAAUGACCAGACUUUCAGUUUCCAUUGCUCUGUGUACAUUUUGGCACUUUCUGCUUUUUACCUUCAGCUAAAUCAAAUAUUAGUCAUCCACUUGCCUUUAUAAUUCAUUGUCCUGAGUCACGGCUGCUGCUCCGUGAUUUCCAAACUUCUGUAUGUUUUGCCGCUUCAUGCCACCAUCUGGAGCUGAUUCUGCAACUUUUAAGGACAUAAUUCUCUUUGUUUGCACCGUGAUAAAGGGUUUGCAAUUUGAUAAUUGUCAGAUUUCAUCAUGAUUUCAUCACGCUUUUCUGUAUGUUUUAUCACAAGGUUGUUUUCUGCUAAUUUUCUUUUUUUUUUUUGUUAUGAUGCAGGUUUAAAUGAGCGCUUUGACUUAAAUACACUACGACUGUCAAAGCCAUUUGGAAACUUUCAAACUUUUAUUGGAUGAUUGCCAACACUUGAACCUCUCAUUGCCCCACAAAGGAAAACAUCCCUCAUGUGAAUGACACCUUUGUAUAUAUGAGAGCCAAAGAAUGUUUUAAAAGUGAAUUCACUACAUGAGAAAACCCUCCUUUCUGCGUCAUUCUGAGAUUUUUACAUUUAUGCAACGCAGUGAUCACAUUUUUCAGAGUUCCUUUGACUCCUCAGACAUUUCUCUUAUGCCCUCGGCUCUUGCCUCUGAGUGCAUUUCUGUCUUCUUGCUUGGAGGAAUGCUUUGGAGCAGUUUCAGUCUGAGGCUUUUGGUGUUUCACUGAGCUGCUGUGAAAAAAAAAAAAAAAAAACAGCGGCUCCAUGAGUUGGACUAAGAUAGAGGGGGAAGGGAGGAGGAGAGGGAGUAAGUUGAAGUGUGUGUGUGUGUGUGUGUGUGUGUGUGUUGGUGUGUGUGCAGUCUCCAGCUGUGGAAUGUUGAGUCGGCAAGAAGAGCUCAGUGGUACGUCUGGAACCAAUCAGAGAAGGAGGGCUCAGGGACAUGAAGGGUCAAAAAGAAGAGUGAAAAAAGGAAAACUAGACCAAGGAGAAAAAAAGGGGAAAAAAGGGGGGAGCGUGAGGAGGAGUUGGCGAUGUUGGAGGAGAGGAAAGCAGGGAAAGAGGAUAGUGAGGGAUGCAGCAGUUUGUCCCAGGCUUACCCCGGCCUCUGCUGGUGGUUUACUGUACAGGUUUGUCUUCAUGAGCAGUCGAUGUGAAGUGAUUGAGGUGACGAUGUGGAGGUGCGACAACCCUCGGUGUGUGUGUGUGUGUGUGUGUUUGUGUGUGUGUGUGCUCCCCAUGAGAUCAUGUUUAUGAUGCAGGCUGGCUCUUGUCCCUGUGAAGAUUACCUGAAGCACCUGUUCAACUUUUAUUGAGUUUUUGUGUCAUUUUUAUAUGAAAUGAAUAAAGUCUAUGUUCUCAAAA